GUGCGAGACAGUCGGUUGUUCGGUUUUCUGGGCAGCUCCAAAACUCCAAAACGAGUUAGUUAUAAAGCAAGUCUUCAUGUGUAUAUAGCUGUGAGCUGUGAGCAGACACCGUAUGAACACACUCUUUUCGGUGCCGAAAAUAAAAGUAUACAAAUAAUCUAGAAACAAAAACACGAGUAAACAUUAAACAGUGGUUGUUGGCUGUUGUGACUUCGAGUGAAGCCAAGCGUAGAGUGUGAAAUGCAAAACUGGCGAAUUCAAGACCCCGAGAGUACUGAGUCCGUCUCGAAGACUGAGCAGCCCGAGUCCCGAAAACAAUUGCGAAGAAAGUGAAAGAUCAGCGACAAAAGGAAAAGUCCGAGAAAGGGAAAGCCAAAACGGAACGCGAACGAGGCCUGGGAAGCGGCCGCAAAGACGUGGACGUGAACGUGGACGCAGACGGUAGCGUAAUAACAAUAAAUAAUAAUUUGAAAUAGGCGAGCACCGAAGAGCAGAAGACGACCACAAAGAAGUGGCCAAGUGCAGCCUCCGUUCCAGAGGAGCAGCGAGAAAAGCGGAAAAGGCAGCUCGAGCGCAUCGAGCGUGCAAAUUAAAAGCGCACCACAGUAGCCCCGGCCCCAUCUUCUCGUCAUGGAAGUGGCCACAACAAGCAAUCACAGCCAGAGCCAUCAUCAUCAUCAUAACCAUCAUCUGCAGCCUUCGGGUGGCUCGGGGGGCUCGCGGUCCCCCUUCCAGAGGGAGGUGCGUGAAUGGCAACGCAUCGAUCCCAAUACCGGGGCCCUCUUCAGCGGACGCUUGGAGGCAGGCCGCUGGAUAAAUGGACCGCUGAACAGCUACGGCAAGAUAUCCGACUCCCAAAACAUCUCACAGCCGAACGGCACACAGCACACGCAGCGCAAACAGUUGGAGGUGCUGAAGGCCCGCACCGCCAACGGCGCCGUGCAGGUGAUCCGCACCCAGACAGUACAAAAGAGCUCGUCCUCGUGGUCCUCCUCCGCAUCCACCACAACCACAUCCACCACCCACCUCCGCACGAGUAACAGCAAUGGCCAAGAUCCCCCCCUCAUGCCCACUAUCCUGUCCCCAACCGACCAGGGUGUUGACAUUUGCGAACUUAGCGACGACUGCAGCCUCAGUGGCAGCGAUGCUGGCAUCGUUCGUACCGCAUCCGCAUCCGCAGUCACAUCCUCAUCCGCCACUGCCUCCGCCUCCACAUCCGCAUCCGCACUGAGCCGGGAGCUCAUCGACGAUCAUGUUGAUUUUGUUGUGAUUAAUGGCGGCGCGAGCGAUCAAGAGGACGCUGCCGACGAGCAUUUGCAAAAAGGCGGCCACAAUUUGUUACCCGAUACGGCGCCGAGUCUUAAAUUGAGCAAUCUAAUGAAAAGCAGUUCGAGCAUUUCCAGCCAGAGCAGCAACAAUUCGAACUUAACAACUGCAGCUCAGGCGAGCAACACCCACAGAAGUACGGGCAAAAUAAGCCUACAUGCAAUUGUGGGACCAGAAUCAUCAUCAUCAUCAUUAUCAUCAUCGUCAUUGUCAGCGGUUUGGGCCAAGCAGGCUGACUUAUAUGGCCAACUCCCAGGCGGCGUGGGUGGUUCUGGUGGUGCUGGUGCUGGUGAUGCUGACGUAGCCGUGGCCCCGCCAACGCAACUUCGUGAUUUGGAAAGUUUCCGGCAUUAUAACGAUGACGACGACGAUCUGCGACUCACCGCUCGUCACCAGCGCCGUCAGCAGGUGUCCCAGUCGGUCUACGCCCCUCCAGUGCCCUCGAUAGGAUCCAGUUUGCUCCAGCGCUCCCGCUCCAUUUCCACGGAUGAUCUCAGCAACGACUGGGAGCGAGAGGACGCCGCCGAGCAGCCGGUGGGCGAGUGGCGCAGGGUCAGCAAGCUGCGUCGCUCCUUCCAGUCGCAGGAUCACUACAAGAGUCCGGGCCCCUCGACUCGACCUCGGCCCCUGGAUCUGCCGGGAAACUCGGUGAGCGUGGCCCGUUUGCGGGCGGAACUGGAGAACGGACGUCGCCUGCACACGGCCAUGCGGAACAAUCACGUGGACCUGGCCGCCCUAGACAACAUAUUGAACACGCCGUCGGCCAAGCCCACAGUGGCCAAGAGGAACACCUUCCUCACCGCCGAGUCUCUGCAGGAGAUACGCGGCAAGCUGAAGAAGCUCUCGGACGAAAGUCUCUACAAGGAGGACUUCCUGGCCUACCACCAGAAGAAGCCAGUGGCGGUGCGGGAGAUCAGCGUGGAGCAGGUAGACCCCUCGCCACCGGCUCAGCCGACCCCAUCGGCCUUUCGACCAGUCCAUAACACCCACAGCCUGGAGUCCCGCCAGCGGCAGAAGGACACCAGUUCCAGCGAGUGGCACUUGCGGCGCAAGUCCUACGGCUUCGAGAAGAUGUCGCCGCCCGAGGAUAAGAGCAUCUUCCGGGUGGAUGCAUCCACGGAUAGUGGCCUGGGCAGAUCCGGUGAACAGCUGGGCAACUGGUCGCCCACCGAAAGGGAGCGGGAGCGGAACGAAAGGAAUGCGACAGCGGCACACCAGCACGGUGGAACCAUCGUGCACUUUGGCCGGUCCCUGAAACCCGCUAUCCCAUCAUCAUCGGCCAGUCCCACAGAUGGAGAGCUGAGCAAGCGGCAUUCGAUAGCCGUGGAGGAGACCUGGCGCGACGUCCGCAAAACAUCGCAGGUGCAUGUGAACGGAGGAACCGCCGUCUCCAGCCACUCCAACACCACCAGCCACCUGCACAAGGGCAGCGCCCAGAAGCGAGUGGAGUUUUGCAAGACGGAGGUGCACUUUGCCGCCGAAUCGGGUCGCGUUAAUAUCGUGGAGACCGAUGGCAAGCCGCCGCCCACGCAAAACUUUCGCCGACGCCGCCGCUCCACAACCGCCAGCGGUCCGCUCCAGAGUCUGGUUAAGUCAGCCAGUGCCGGUUGUUCCGGCGGUGGCACCACCACGCAGACCAGCGAGGUGACCCACUUUGGCGACCCCGUGGAUCGUCGCAAGACGAUAGCCACCAGCACCGUGGCCUACCGAGCCACACUCAUGGAUCCGCCGGAGGUGGUUAGCCAACCGAUAUCCAGUAGCAGUAGCAGCACCACGAGCAGCACCCAAGUGACGGUUACCACAGUGGACAAGCCGGUGCGUGAACCACGAUACAGUCUGAUCGAGUCCACUUCCCGGAACAGCUACACCUCCACCAGUGGGGUGGAUACCACGGACAACGAGACCGAUGAGCUGUCCAGUAUUCGGGGGAUCCUGAAGAACAAACCAGUAAAGCCGAAGCCCUACCACCUGGGCGAAAACAUCGAAAGCGCCGAUGUCCUGUGGAGUGUGCCGGCCAUGAAAAUGGAUCGGGAAAGCCCCUCAGCUAGGGAUAGUGGAACCAUCAGUGACUCACCCGUUAGCCCCAAGUCGGUGGCCGAAAGGAUUCGCAUCGUGGAGCAGCGCCAACAGCUGAAGCAACCCUCGCCGGGCGGCAAUGGAUAUUCCACCAAGAUCAACGUGAGCCUGGGCUCCGAGGAUUGGACAGAACCAGGCACCGCCAUGCAUCAUCAUCCCAGUCCCAGCUCGAAAUACCGCCAGUACCGACGUCCCAGUGCCCAGGAGCUGUUGCUGGAGGAUCUGCGCCAGCAUCAGCGCAUCCUGGACGAGGGUCUGAAGUCCACCUCGCUGAUCAUGAGGACCAUGCGAUCGGCCAGCGAGUUCGAUGAGGCCAUGCGUCGCUUGAGCAUAGCUUCGAUUGAGUCCGCUCUGGUGCAACCCACGAUUGUGGUGCCCACGCCCAUGUUGCGAUCGCACAGCUACCAGGAGCAAGGGUCGGGGUCCUACUCCCCCACGCGGCGUCCCUCCACCGUGUCCACCACAUCCAUAACGAGCAGCGAUCUCUUCGGCAGUGCCUUGUACGACUCCCUGCCCCGGACUCCGCUGGCCCCUCCACGCCUCAAGCUGCUGGGGAACACCCAAAUCCCGGUCAGCCAGCAGUUGACCCAGCUCCGGAGGCUCUACGAUGCCGCCGAGCAGGAUCCGGAAGACAGUGCCGACGAGGAGGUGAAGCGGUACUUCCGGGACAGCAACAGUGACAGCGGGGGAGGAACCCAAGGGAGCUCCUCGCCAGACCAGCAGCCAACGGAGUCCUUCAAGGGCAGCGAGUACUCCAGCAGUUGGAGUCGCCUCAAGGCCAAGCGAACAAUCUGGAAAAUCGAGGCACAAGAUCAAAUGAUUCAGCGAGCAGAUCUUCCCAAGUCCAAUGUGAUGAACAUAUCGCUCCAUGCUCCCCGAAUCGAGAAGCCCAAGGCCGCGCCCCCAACCCUUCGAAUUGGCCAGCUUAUUCCCGUUGCCAAGCCAAGGACACUGUUCAUUCAGCCGCAAGUCCAAACGCAGAACAUCGUUGAUAAUGGCGAUGAAUCGGGCAGCGAGUCCUUGAAGAUUGUAAAAGAGGCACGCGGUGCUCGCAAGCUGCGUGAACAUGAACUCUCCUACUUUGGAGUGCAACAGAAGCAGCAGCAGCAGACCAAACUCUCGACCACCACCACGAACCCCAGAAGGACACUGCCCAGCCGCAGCAAAAUGGACCACAGUGAUGAGACCAAGGACAGCAGUAACACCCACGCCCACACCCACACCAACACCACGACCACUACCAAGUGGCAACUGCUCAACGAUCGACCCGACCUGCUGAGGCACAGCAGUCCCCAGCAGAACGACAAUGGACCGACCAACGACUACGACCAGGAUGAUGGCGACCUCGAUGAGGACGAGGAGCACUGCUACGAGAACAUUGCUACCGAGCUGACCACGACCUUCAGGGUAAAAUCGCCCUCGCGUUCCCCGGACCGAUCCCGAUCGCCAGGCAGCUACGAGCGGAAGACCGACCUGCAGAGGGACGCUCAGAUCCUGAGCGAAAUGACCCGCAACGCUGAUCAGACUUUGAAGGCUCUCUCCGAUGAGGCAGCCAUCAAGGAUCAGCGGCGCAGAUCCUGUUCCCUGCAGCGUCGCAGCGCCAAGCCCCUGGAAACCAUUGACGAGAAGGUGAAGGCUUACCCCCAAUCGAUGGGCGUGGCCCGCGGCACCUUCGCCUCGGAGGCACGUCGCAACUCCCGGCAGUCCACUCCGUCGCCAUCGAGGGCACGCAGCUCAUCCCAGUCGUCCAUCGAGUGCUGUCCGCGUGAUCGAUCGCGCUCUAGCUCGCGGGAGUCAAUGACCCACGGCGGUGGGUCCUCCGAUGACCAGGUGGCCAACAAACAGCGAGCCGAGCGUCUGCGCAUGCGCACCCCCAAGCGAGAGAAAUCGCGCCACGAACCAAUCGAAGUUCGAAUCAACCGGCACAGCAGUAAGCCAAGGAGCGGUUCGGGUGCCACUGCAGCAGGAUCAUCUUCCCUGGAGUCCAAGCGGAGCUCACAUCACAGUCGCCACAGCCGGGAGGUGGAUCACUCCACCGAGACCAAGACCUCCUCUUCCAGCCGCUUGAUGAGAUCUUCCCGGGUGGCGGACGACAGCCGUCCGAGACAGAGCAGCCAUCGGGAUCGGGAGAAGGAACGCGAUCGGGAACGCUCCCGAGGAACCGAAAAGCACCGCGAAGAACUCACACGAUCCAGGGGUCACUCCAGUCGCUCUAGGCACAGUGAGCACCCGUCGUCGGGAACCCGGGAGAGCAGUCGGCCAAGUAAGACGAGAUCGAGUCGCAGUAGCCACGACUCAACGACGGCACACAAAAAGUCCUCAGCGACAGGCACGAGCACAACAGCCAGUUCGAAAUCAUCGAAAACCACAACGCAUAAACCAUCCGCAUCAGCCAGCACCACAGCAACAGCACCAACCACAUCGCACCACGAACUGACGUACGUAUACGUAACGAAUUUAGCCAAUACCCAUACCGAAACCAGCGAGGAGUCACCAGGAAAACCACCCGAAAGUGCCUGGGAACCAGUUAACGAGGCUGACUACGCCAGUAUCGAUGAGGUGGAGGUGUCGAAAACACCUCAGCCCCCGCCGCGUAGCAAACGGAAGAGAUCUCUGAUACCCGUUCCAGUGAAUCAGCCCGCCAGCUAUGAGUAUCGCACCAAGCUGCAGAUGAUACCGGCCAGCUACUCGAAUCAGUCCACCCUGAGGUGUCGCAGCCUGGCCCGCAAGAAACCCUCCCUGAAGGCCACCCAAUCGACCAGCUCGAGUUUCGCCUUCCUGCCCUAUUUGCCUGCCAAGCGGAACUCGAGUGUUAGCUAUGUCUAUGACAACUACCUGCUGUACGCCACCAGCGAGGAAUUGGGAAAGUCGGAAAAACUGCGUCCCUAUCAAAACAAUCUGAGCAAUGAGCAUGCGCAGCUUUUUGGCGGCGGUGCGCCAGGGGCGGUGGCCAGGGAGGGGCGUGGUCGCCUGGGCGGCUGGCCAAGGAGGCUGAAAAUGCGGCAAGUUCGCAGCAGUGUGUCCACCCACCAGCCCUUUGGCAUCUGCACAUGUUCAUAGUCAGCGCGGGAAAGCCCUCAAGAAACCAAAAAUCAGAAUAAAUAAAUAUAUUACAUAUUUCUUGGCAGCCAGGAUCUCGUCACCAAAACCACACACAUCCAAAUAAUCCCAAAUGCACGAAUACGUUUGAUAUCCCACUGCCUGGCCGACAGCGAACUGCAUUUUCCUAACCCCAAAAACCACCCAACCACUGUGUUCCCCCUACUAAUACUAAAACCCCAAAAAUAAUACUCAAGUGUGAGAGAUUUUAGUUUGUUCACUUUGAUUAUUACUUGAUUCGGAGCGCACACACAAUCAAAAACUCGGCCAAAGCACACAAGCACAAAAGAAAAAGGGCCUAUCUGGGUUCUGUUUUUACUUCUCACAGCACACGGUAAAAGCACACUGAAUGGACACCAACAUCACCAGCACCAGCACAGCAGCAGCGGCAAGCAUCAAGGAUCUGGACAUGGUCAUCGGGAGCAGCCACAUCACGUGCACAGCCUGACC